AUGGAUCCAAACCUGUAUGGAGGCGUGCCCAGGUUUCUGACUCGCCCAAAGGCGUUCUCGGUGUGUGCAGGCAAAGAUGCCACCCUCAGCUGCACCAUCGUGGGCAGUCCCACCCCACUGAUCACCUGGGAGAAGGACAAGUUGAAGCUGACGUCUGGGGGGCGCUUCAAGACAGUGGAGGAUGGAGAGGUGUACCGCUUGACCAUCUACGACUUAACGCUGGAGGAUGGCGGACAGUUCAUGUGCCGGGCCAAAAACAGCGUUGGGGAAGCUUAUGCUGCGGUUACCGUUAAAGUGGCUCUGCCUACAGAGAUGGCUCAGAGGGCCCCCGUGUUCAUGAUGAAGCCCACCUCUGCACGUGUUGGUUUGGGAGGCGAUGUUGUUUUCCACUGCCGGGUUGCCGCUCACCCCGAGGCCAACUUUGACUGGGAAAAGGACGGGCGCUACCUGGGGGAGUCAAACCGCAUCAAGAUCGUCUCUGACACCGACGGCAGCACUUUGAAGAUCCAAGGCCUACGAAACCUGGACAGCGGCACCUACACCUGCAGAGCCCAGAACACGGUUGGCCGUGCACACGCUGCCGCAGCUCUUGUGGUAGAUGCCCAGGAUUCUCAUCAUCAGUCCGCGGAUAAGAACACCUCCCUCCUCUCUCACCUCCAAAAGCGCAAAGAGGCAAUGAAUAAGGACAUCUCCAUCUAUCGCACUGAGGAGAAGAGCUCCUCUGUUUCUUCUUCUACCACAGAUGGUUUCAGUUCUCUGGGUCUGGAACAUGCGCUGAGGGCAUCUGCGCUGGCAAAGCUGCCCAAAGGUGUGUUCACCCGAACCUGCACCGUGACUGAGGGCAAACACGCCAAACUUAGCUGCUUUGUGACGGGUCACCCUAAACCCCACAUUAUGUGGAGGAAGGAUGGAAUGAACAUCGGUGAAGGCCGCAGGCAUGUCAUUUAUGAGGACCAGGCCGAGAACUUCAUCCUGAAGGUCCUGUACUGCAAGCAGACUGAUAAUGGUCUCUACACCUGCAAUGCAACCAAUAUGGCCGGGCAGACCUACAGUGCUGUGUUGGUGACCGUCAAAGAGCCCAAAGUGCCGUUCAGGAGGAAGUUGCAGGACAUGGAGGUCCAGGAGAAAACAUCGGCCACACUGAUGUGUGAGGUGCCUGUUGUUGCCACCCACGCCCACUGGUUCAUGGAGGAAACCAUGCUGGAGCAAAAUACCAAAUAUCGCAUGGAGGAGGAAGGCACCCUGCGUCGUCUCACCAUUCACAAUGUCACCACCAACGAUGACGGUGUUUAUAUCUGCGAAAUGAAGGAAGGCAGUCGCACCGUGGCCGAGCUCACUGUUCUGGGCAAUAUUACCAAGAAGCUCCCCCGGCGGACGGUGGUUCCUGUCAGCGAUACGGUCAUUUUCUGUGUCGAGCUGGAGCAUCCCUACCCGGACGCCUACUGGACCCGCAAAGGGGAGAAGCUGAAGGAAGAGUCCCGGAUUUCCAUAGCCUGUGUGCUGAGACAGUACACGCUCACCAUUAGAGAUUGCCAGGCUGACGACUCAGGUGAAAUCGCCUUUGUAGCUGGAGACUGCAAGACGUCCACUCGAUUCACUGUGACUGCUGCUAGGAAGCAUCCCCCCAAUCCCCCAGUCAGUGCUGUGGUGGUGAACAAGACUGCCUCUUCCAUCACCAUUCAGUGGUCUCCUCCUGACAGCGAUCGCCCAGUGCCCAUUAAGUGCUACAUCGUGGAGAGGAGGAAGGUUGGCACUCAGACAUGGCAGAGGUGCAACGCUGGAGAAACCAUUGUUUCCACAGAGAUCACCGUCUGCAACUUCACAGAAGAGUCCAGCUUCCAAUUCCGUAUUUCUGCCAUGAAUGACUUUGGCCAGAGCCCUCACCUGGAGGUGCCUGGAAGCUUCUACCUUGAACCCUCUGCAGAGAUAAGGAAAGGCCUGAUGAACACCACUGCAAACGCUGGCGAGGAGUUCUCUAUCGCCAUCGAGUUGUCUGCUGUUUGUUCUGGGUACUGGUACAUUAAUGGCUGCGUCCUGCGUAGUGGAGCUGAAUACCUCAUCACCAAGUCCAAGACCACACACACUCUGCUCUUCCGUGAUAUGACCAUGGAAUUGAAUGGAGCUGAAGUCAAGUUUGUUGGUGGAGGCUCACAGAGCAGUUGCAUCUUAUCUGUGAAAGCCCCUCGUGUUAGGUUCAUAAACAAGUCCGAUCUGACAGAGGUGGUGACCUGCACUGCCCAAUCCACUGCUCAGCUGACUGCUGAGGUGUCGGAUAACAAAACACAGGUGGUUUGGAUGAAGAACGGGCGAGAGGUGAAAAUGGGCAAGAAGUAUGAAUAUGUCAUCAUUGACCGCAAGAGGAUCCUGACGAUACACAAUGUUACUGAAGAGGAUGUGGGCAUCUACGAGUGUGUUUUAGCUGAGGACAAGAUGUCCCUGCAACUCUCUCUUAAAGAUGAACCUGCCAAGUUCCUGAACAAGACCAAAGGUGCCAUGGGAAUGUCAUCGUCCCUUAAAGGAGAUCUUGAGCUGAGCUGCGAGGUAUCUCCUGCCAGCGCUGUCGUUGUGUGGAGAAAAGAUCAGGUAGAGAUCACUGAGGACCAAAGAACUGCCAUGGUCUCCAAAGGGACUCAAAGGAAACUCGUCAUCAAGAACGCCAAGAAAAGUGACGAAGGACAUUACUCCUGUGAGACAGCAGCAGACAAAGUCACAUUCCAGGUCAAGAUUAAAGAAACUCAAGCCGUUGCUGCCUUCUCCAACAAAGAGUCAGUCCAGAAAGAGGUGAAGGCCACUCUCUCGCAGAAAGCAACUCUUAGUUGCAAUGUGUCUGAUAGCAAGGCAGAGGUCAAAUGGUAUAAAGAUGGCAAGCAGCUGAUAUCCAGCAGGACCAUAUACUCAGAAGUAACAGGCACUGCUCGUCAGCUGGUGUUUGAAAAGGUGGAGAAGAGUGAUGCUGGAGAAUAUACCUGUGAAGCUGGCGGGGAUAAGCUGGUCUUCAAGAUAUCUGUUUCAGAGGCCCAGGCAGCCUUCUUCAACAAAGAGUCAGUCCAGAAGGAGGUGAAGGCUACUCUCUCCCAGAAAGCUAUUUUAAGCUGUGAGGUAGCUGAUAGCAAGACAGAGGUGAAGUGGUACAAGGAUGCCAAGCUGCUGACCUCCAGCAAGACAAUCCAUGCAGAGUCGAAAGGCCAGAGUCGCCAGCUGGUUAUCGACAGUGUGGAGAAGAAGGAUGCUGGAGAGUACAUCUGUGAAGCCGGGACUGAGAAGCUUGCUUUUAAGAUUCAGGUGGAAGAGCCGAAGUCAUUCUUCUCCAACAAGGAGUCUGUUCAGAAGGAGGUGAAAGCGACGUUCUCCCAGAAAACCACUCUGAGCUGUGAGGUUUCUGAUGCCAAGACAGAGGUGAAGUGGUACAAGGACGGCAAGCUGCUGACUUCUAGCAAGACAAUUCAUACAGAGUCUAAGGGCAAAAGUCGCACGCUGGUGAUCGACAGCACUGAGAAAAAGGAUGCUGGAGAGUACAUGUGUGAGGCUGGGACAGAGAAGCUUGCUUUUAAGAUUCAGGUGGAAGAGCCGAAGUCAUUCUUCUCCAACAAGGAGUCUGUUCAGAAGGAGGUGAAAGCAACAUUCUCCCAGAAAACCACCCUGAGCUGUGAGGUUUCUGAUGCCAAGACAGAGGUGAAGUGGUUCAAGGACGGCAAGCUGCUGACUUCUAGCAAGACUAUUCAUACAGAGUCUAAGGGCAAAAUUCGCACUCUGGUGAUUGACAGCGCUGAGAAGAAGGAUGCUGGAGAGUACAUGUGUGAGGCUGGGACUGAGAAGUUGGUCUUCAAACUCCAGGUUCCAGACACACAGAUUAAAUCUGCAUUCUCUAACAAAGACUCAGUCCAGAAGGAGGUGAAAGCCACUGUCUCACAGAAAGCCAUUUUAAGCUGUGAGGUAGCUGAUACGAAGACAGAAGUGAAAUGGUACAAGGAUGGAAAGCUCCUCACUUCAAGCAAGACCAUUAAUGCAGUGUCAAAGGGCCAGAGUCGCCAGCUAGUGAUGGACAGCGUGGAGAAGAAGGAUGCUGGAGAGUACAUCUGUGAGGCUGGGACUGAGAAGUUGGCCUUUAAGAUUCAGGUGGCAGUUACUUCUACAAAAAUCGGGGCUAAAUCUGGUUCCCUCAACAAAGAGGCUGUCCAGAAGGAGGUGAAAUCCACUCUCCUCGAGCAAGGCAAUCUGAGCUGGGAAGUAGUUGAUAACACCAAAGAGGUGAAAUGGUACAAAGAUGGCAAACUGCUGAGUCCCAGCAGUCCAGUUGCCUUGGAAUCAAAGGGCAAGGUUCAUCUACCGGUGUUGGACAGUGUAGAGGAGAAAAAUGCGGAGGAGCGCAUCUGUGAGGUCCGAACAGAAAGUUUGGCAUUUAAAGAACAGGUGACAGAGAUUCAAGCCAAAUCGGCCUUCUCCAAAAAGGAAUCAGUCCAAAAGGAGGUGAAAGCCACUCUCUCACAGAAAACCAUUUUAAGCUGUGAGGUAGCGGAUACCAAGACAGAGGUGAAAUGGUUCAGGGAUGGCAAGCUGCUGACCUCCAGCAAAACAGUUCAUGCAGAGUCAAAAGGCCUGAGUCGCCAGCUGGUGAUCGACAGCGUGGAGAAGAAGGAUGCUGGAGAGUACAUAUGUGAGGCUGGGACAGAGAAGCUGGCCUUUAAGAUUCAGGUGGCAGAAGCCCUGGCUGGCUUCUCGAACAAGGAGUCCGUCCAGAAUGAGGUGAAAGUUACUCUCUCCCAGAAAGCCACCUUGAGCUGUGAGGUUUCUGAUUCCAAGACGGAAGUGAAGUGGUACAAGGACGGCAAGCUGCUGACUUCCAGCAAAGCAGCUCACAUGGAGUCAAAGGGAAAGAGUCGUGAGCUGGUCAUUGAAAAAAUAGAGAAAAAAGAUGCUGGACAAUACACCUGUGAGACAGGAACAGAAAAGCUGGUAUUUAGGCUGCAUGUGACAGAAGAAGCUGUCAAGUUCCAGAAGAAGUCUGUCAAAGACACAUGUGUUGUUCAAGCAAGUGAAAACAUUGUUUUGACCACUGAGCUGACCUCGGAGAGUGGAUGUGUGAAGUGGUUGAGAGAUGGUGUGGAGAUCAAAGAGAGCAGAAAGUAUGAAAUGAAAAAAGAUGGACAUUGUCGUACCUUGAUAGUAACUUCCACCGAAACUAAAGACAGCGGAGCGUACUCCUGUCAAACUGCUCAUGACAAACAGGAGUUCAAAGUUCAGGUCAAAGAGUCAACUUUGAAGUUUGUUGUCCCCCUGAAGUCUGCCGAUGUGGAGUUGGGUGGGACACUUAGUCUGAUGUGUGAGCUCAAUCAAGCCUCAGGCGAUGUUGUCUGGCACCAUAAUGGCCGUGAGAUUAAACCUGGAGGAAGGCACUGUGUCAGGACAGAUGGUGCUAAGCGGGUCCUCACUGUGACUGACAUGACGAAGGAAGAUGAAGGAGAAUACAGCUGUGAAUGUCGAAAUGAAAAGACCUCUGCCAAAGUCUCCUCUAAAGAGCCCAGAGUAGUGAGGCUGACUACUAAACUCAAUAAUGUGGCUGCAAUGGAGGGAAAAGACGCCAUCUUCAAGUGCGCUGCCACCCCAGCAGACAUCAAUGUCAAGUGGUUCCACAACAGCAUACCCAUCACGGCCGGGCCGAAGUAUAAGAUUGAGCACGGUGGCAACACUCACUCACUCACCAUAACCUCUGUCACCCAAAAAGAUGCUGGAGAGAUUAGCGUUGAUGCAGAAGGCAAAAGCUGCAAAGCUACUUUACAAGUGCAACAUGAGCCUGUAACCUUUAAGAAGAAGCUUGAAAACCUGACAGUGGAGGAGCAGAGUGAAGUGAAGAUGGAGGUGGAGCUAAGUAAGAAAUCGGAUGAAGUCAGGUGGAUGAAGAACAGCAUCGUGUUGCAGGCUGCAGCAAACCUGGAGAUUCGGGUGGAUGGAGCCAAGCAGGCUCUGGUCUUUAAGAGCGUUACUCAUGGUGAUCGUGGCAUCUACUCCUGUGAAACUCUGGAUGACAAGACCCAGGCCAAGCUCACAGUAGAAAUGAAGAAGAUCCAGGUAAUAAAGGGCCUUACAGAAACCAAGGCACAUGAGACAGAGACAGUGACACUAGAGGUAGAGCUCAGUCAGGCUGAUGUUGAAGGCUCCUGGGCCAGGGAUGGGGCCAAGCUAAAGCCAGGGGCCAACUGUCGUAUCACAGCACUGGGAAAGAAGCACGCUCUUACGCUGUCCAAUCUUAAGAGAGACGAUGCAGGAACUAUUUCCUUCCAAGCUGAUGGUGUCCAUACUUCAGGCAACCUGUUCGUCACAGAACCGCCUGCUAUGGUCUCCACACCCAUUAUCGAUAUGAGUGUUCCUGAGAAGGAGAAGGUUACUUUUGAAUGUGAAGUGUCCAGAACAAAUGCCGAUGUUAAAUGGUUCAAGGAUGAUGUGGAACUGAAACUAGGGAAAAACUAUGGCAUCCAUUCGUUGGGCAGGAAGCGCACUUUGGUCAUCAGCAAAUGCACCCCCGCAGAUGCAGGCAGUUACGUCUGUCGCACCACUGAUGAUAACACCUCUGCCAAGCUCAUCGUUCAUGCCAGAGAUAUCAAGAUAAUUAAGAAACUGGAGGAUGUGGAGGUGAUGGAGAAGGAGAGUGCUGCAUUCGUCUGUGAAAUCUCACACGAUGAAGUGGACUGUCAGUGGUACAAAGGAAGUACUAAAGUCAAAGUCAGUGACAACAUCAAGAUGAGACAAGAGGGCAGAACCUAUGUACUGCUGUUUAAGUCUGUUUCCCCAGAGGAUAUGGGUGAUAUUAAAUUUACAGCUGAGAAGACCUCUUCAUUUGCAAAACUCAAAGUGAAAGAGCUGCCCGUCAAGUUUGUGAAGAGACUCAGGGAUAAGAUAGCGAUGUUUAAGCAUCGUGGUCAUCUCGAAUGCCACGUGUCACGUGCCAGUGCAAAGGUGAAGUGGUACAAGAACAAGACGGAAAUCAAACCCAGCAAGAAGCACGAGAUCGGAAGUGAAGAUGUGUACCGGAAACUCACCAUCAAUGAUGUGGACACCGGGGACGAAGACACAUAUACCUGUGACGCCACUGACGACCAGACGUCCUGUAAACUGCUUGUAGAAGAGCAGUCCAUCAGCAUUGUGCGGGAGCUUAGUUCAGUAGAAGUGACAGAACCUUUCGCAGCUGUCUUUGAAGUUGAGAUCAGUAUGGAACUGGUGAAACCUCCCAUAUGGACUCUGAAUGGAGUUGCUGUGCAGGAGAGUGCAGAUGCUGAAAUGGAGAAAGAGGGCACUCUGCACCGUCUCACUUUCAAAAAGACAAAAGCCUCAAUGACAGGACCUGUGCAGUUUACAGCUGGGAAGAGCAAAUCUCUUGCCCAACUCACAGUAAAAGAGCGUCCACUUGAGAUUUCAGAGCCCAUUAAAGAUGUCAAGGCAAAGGAGAAAAGCUCUGCCCUGUUCUGCUGCAAAUUCUCUGCGGCAGCCAAAGAGGUGAAUUGGUUUAAAGGUCAAGUACUUCUGGCAGCAUCAGACAAGUUCAACAUGAAGAAAGACGGCACAAGGGCUCAACUUACUAUUCAAGGGCUAACUGGAGAAGACAGCGGAGAAUACCGCUGUCAGUCCGGACCUGCUGAGACCAAAGGCACUCUCACUGUGGAAGUGCGAGAAAUUAAGAUCACCAAGCACUUGAUCGACACAGAGGUUGAUGAAGACAGUGAUGCAGUGUUCACGUGUGAGAUUAACUAUGCAGAUGAAGAGGCACAGUGGCUUCUGAAAGACAAGGUGCUCCUCACUAAUGAAGUCAACACCAUCUCUCAUGAGGGGAAGGUUCACAAGCUCAUGCUGAAGAACAUGGCUCCUCAGGACGGGGGGACCAUCACCUUUCAAGUGCGCAAGGUGAAAGAGUCUGUUACUCUCAAAGUGAAAGAGAAGAUUGCUGUGUUUCUCAAGUCUCUCGAUGAUGUCAUCGGAGAGGAGAAAGGCAUGAUCACUCUGACGUGUGAGGCGUCCAAGCCCAGGGUUUCACCUAUAUGGAGAAAAGAAAGUAAAGUCUUGAAGGCUGGACCCAAGUAUGAGCUCCUCCACACAGGCAAGUCUUUGGGCCUGAUCAUCAAGGACGCCACCAAAGACGAUGCUGGGGAGUACAGUUGUGAUCUCGGAACUGAAGUUUCCAAGGCAAAGGUCACUGUCAGAGAGAUUGGCAUUGGAAUCACCAAAUGGCUGAAGUCUGCUGAGGUAAACGAGGGGGAGACAUGCAGCUUCGAGUGCAUCUUAUCUCGUGAGAACACAGAUGAGUGCUCGUGGACUCUGAAUGGCAAAGCCAUUUCAAACGGAGGCCGUUUCAAUGUCACCAAUAAAGGCCGCAAGUACAUGCUAAACAUCAAGGAUGUCACCCCUGCCGAUGCUGGUGAGGUGGUCUUCACCAUUAAAGACUUGAGCACUAAAACCACAUUAACAGUUGAAGGCAGAGCUUCAUCUGUGUCCAAAGGACUGCAGAAUGUUAGCGCUGCUCAAGGGGAAGAUGCUGUGUUUGCCUGUGAGGUGACACAGGCUAGUUCCACUGUAAAGUGGGCCAAGGAAGGCAAAGCCAUCAAGAAGAGCCAGAAGUACGACAUCAGCCAGGAGGAUAAGGUCAUGAAGCUCACUAUCCAUAAUGUCUCUGCCCAAGACUCAGGAGAGUACAGCUGUGAAGUCGUCGGAGGUGCAACCACCAAAGCCCAACUGGAAAUUAAGGAGCCAAUCCAUAAAUUCACUGAAGUGCUAAAGGACAGCCAGGCAGACGAGAAGAGCUCUGUGACCUUGAGCUGUGAGACGGCUCAAAGCCCAUCCACAGUGAUCUGGCUUAAAGGGCACACAGAGCUCAAGGCAGGAGGUCGAUAUGAGAUGUCCCAGAAAGAGCAGGUCUUAACUCUCACCAUCAAACAGCUGGAAGAGAAAGACACAGAUAUCUACACCUGUGACGUGAUCACUGCUAAGAACAUGGCAAAGGUGACAGUCAAAGCCCUGCCUGCCACUUUUAAAGAAAAACUCAAGAACCAAGAUAAAAAAGAAGGGGAGACUGUGACACUUUGUUGCGAGUUAUCAAAACCUGCGACCGACAUUCAGUGGAAGAAAGGCUCUGAAGUUAUCAAAGCUGGAGAGAAGUAUGAGAUGAAGCAGAAGCAAACCGCUGUGGAACUUCAAAUCAAAGAUUUGAAGGUUGAAGAUAGUGGAGAGUACUCUUGUGUGUGUGUGGACCAGAAGACAUCUGCAUCUGUGAAAGUCAAUGCAUUACCACCGACCUUCAUACAGAAGUUGAAGACUCAGGAAGCUGAGGAGGGAGUAGAUAUUACUCUGCGCUGUGAGCUCUCCAAACCUGGAGUCUCAGUGGAGUGGAAGAAGGGAACUCAGGUGCUGAAGUCUGGAGAGAAGCACCAGAUGAAGCAGAAAGACUUUGUGAAUGAGCUGCUGCUCAACAAAGUGGUGCCAGAAGACAGUGGAGACUACAGCUGUGUUUGUGGAGACCAGACGACCACAGCCAGUCUCAAGAUCAAGGCCAAACCAGUGACCUUCAAAAAGAAGUUGGAGACUCAGGAAGCAGAGGAGGGAGCCAGCGUCACUCUGCACUGUGAGCUCUCCAAACCUGGAGUCUCAGUGGAGUGGAAGAAGGGAACUCAGGUCCUGAAGUCUGGAGAGAAGUACCAGAUGAAGCAGAACGCCUCUGUGAACGAACUGCUGCUCAACAAAGUGGUGCCAGAAGACAGUGGAGACUACAGCUGUGUGUGUGGAGACCAGACGACCACAGCUAGCGUCAAAAUCAAUGCCAAACCAGUGACCUUCAAACAGAAGCUAGAGACUCAGGAAGCGGAGGAGGGAGCCAGCGUCACUCUGCACUGUGAGCUCUCCAAACCUGGAGUCUCAGUGGAGUGGAAGAAGGGAACUCAGGUCCUGAAAUCUGGAGAGAAGUACCAGAUGAAGCAGAAAGACUCUGUGAAUGAACUGCUCAUCAACAAAGUGGUGCCAGAAGACAGUGGAGACUACGGCUGUGUGUGUGGAGACCAGAACACCACAGCCAGUCUCAAGAUCAAGGCCAAACCAGUGACCUUCAAGCAGAAGCUCGAGACUCAGGAAGCAGAGGAGGGAGCCAGCGUCACUUUACACUGUGAGCUCUCCAAACCUGGAGUCUCAGUGGAGUGGAAGAAGGGAACACAGGUCCUGAAGUCUGGAGAGAAGCACCAGAUGAAGCAGAAAGACUCUGUGAAUGAACUGCUCAUCAACAAAGUGGUGCCAGAAGACAGUGGAGACUACAGCUGUGUGUGUGGAGACCAGACGACCACAGCUAGUCUCAAGAUUAAGGCCCAACCAGUGACCUUCAAACAGAAGCUCGAGACUCAGGAAGCGGAGGAGGGAGCCAGCGUCACGCUGCACUGUGAGCUCUCCAAACCUGGAGUCUCAGUGGAGUGGAAGAAGGGAACUCAGGUCCUGAAGUCUGGAGAGAAGUACCAGAUGAAGCAGAAAGCCUUUGUGUAUGAACUGCUCAUCAACAAAGUGGUGCCAGAAGACAGUGGAGACUACAGCUGUGUGUGUGGAGACCAGACGACCACAGCUAGUCUUAAGAUCAAGGUUCUUCCGGCCACAGUCAUUCAAGACCUUGAGGGCCAGGAGGCUGAAGAGGGAGCUAGUGUCACUCUGCAUUGUGAGUUUUCUAAACCUGGACUCACUGUCGAAUGGAAGAAGGGAAAUCAAGUCCUGACGUCUGGAGAAAAGUUCCAGAUGAGACAAACAGGAUUCAGUUAUGUGCUACAGAUCCAUGAUCUGACACCUGGAGACACAGGAAACUACUCCUGCUGUUCAGAGGACGCAAAAAGCUCAGCUGCUGUUGCAGUAAAUGCUGCCAAAGUCAUAUUUACAAAAGAGCUGGAAAAUCUGACGGCUGAAGAAGGCGACAGUGUCACACUGCACUGUGAGCUUUCGAAACCUUGUGUUUCUUUGGAGUGGCGGAAAGGAGAACUUGGUCUUUGUCCUUGUGCUAAAUAUGAAAUUAGACAAACUGGACAAAUUGCCACUCUGCUAAUCCAUGAUGUAGAUCCAGAGGAUUCUGGGAGUUACACAUGUGACACUGGUGGACGUCAGAGCACUGCUCAUCUAGCUGUGAUGGCCCAGCCUGUCCUUUUCAAAACUCAGCUGCAGAAGGUUGAAAGACAGGCAGGGGAGGUCGCUAUUCUUCGCUGCGAGACCACAAAACCCGGUGCAAUUGUUGUCUGGAGGCAUGGUGACAGAGAGCUGGUCUCCAGCAGCAAGUACCACCUGAAACAGGAAGGGACUGUAGUGGAGCUUGUCAUCUAUAAACUGCAAGGAGCUGACUCUGGAGAAUAUUCUUGUGAUACAGGCAGUCGAAGGACGUCAGCUGUCCUCACUGUGCAGGAGGUCGAGAUUACCAUACUGAAAUUCUUGGAGAGCUCAGUUGUCUAUGAGGGGGAAGAUGUCCACUUUGAGUGUCUGCUCUCUCAUGAGGAGGCUCCUCUGGCCCAGUGGAAACUCCAGGACGUCCCACUACAGAAUAAUGAAAUGAACCUGAUCAAGACUGAGAGCCGAGUACACAGCCUCACACUCAGAGGCGUCACCACAACCGACUCAGGAACAGUUACUUUCACUGUGGGAAACCACACUUCAACGGCUUCUCUCACAGUCAGAGCAGCUGCUCCAGUGUUAUUCAAGAAGGAGCUGGAAAGUCAAGAGGCCACAGAAGGAGGCAAAGUCACCCUGUCCUGCGAAACAUCCAGCCCUGAUUGCAAGGUAACCUGGCGCAAGGGCACGUCUGAACUCGCCCACGGGGAGAAGUACACCAUUGAGCAAGGAGGAGCCACUCACACCCUGGUUAUACACAAGCUGAAAGUGGAGGAUAGUGGAGAUUACACCAGCCAAGCAGGGGACAAGAAGAGCACUGCUACCCUGACUGUGAAAGAGCGUGUGCGCAUCAUCCGAGAACUCUACGAUAUCACUGUCACCACUGGGCAGGAUGCAGUCUUUGAAGUUGAGCUGUCACACUCGGGCGUGACAAACGGGGAAUGGUGGCUCGCAGACAACCUCCUCCAGAAUAAUGAUUUGAAUCAAAUGAGCAGCCAGGGCAGAGUGCACCGCUUGACCCUGAAGAUGGUAACCACGGAGGAAUCAGGAGAUGUUGCCUUCGUAGUGGGAGAAGAGAAAACUGUGGCCUGUCUGCUGGUGGAGGAGAAACCCAAAGUGAAAAUCGUAGAGAAGCCGCACAACACUUUGGUAAUCGAGGGUGAAACUGUCACUCUGGCCUGCACCAUCUCUGACCCCAAGGCCACAGUCACCUGGAUCAGAAACAACGUGGCCAUCCAAGCAGGUCUCAAGUAUGACCUGAAGAAGAAUGGAGCUUUCCACCAGCUUUGCAUCCUCAACGGGUUGCCUGAGGACUCAGGAGUGUACACGUGUGACACUGGAGAUGUUCAAUGUGAGGUCACGGUGACCGUGGAAGGUGCCCCAGUGUUCUUCAGGAAAGAGCUAAAGAACGAGGAUGCCAUAGAGGGUGAUGAUUCUACCCUGCGCUGUGAGGUGUCUAAGCCAGGUGUUUGUGUUGAGUGGAGGAAAGGAGGCAUUGUCCUCGAGCCCGGUAAGAGGUAUAAGAUGAGGCAGGAAGGGUGCAUUCGAGAGCUCUGUAUAAGUAACGUGGAUCCUGAAGACAGUGGCUACUACACCUGUGACGCAGGAGACCAGCUCACUACAUCUUCUUUGGCUGUGCAAGUGAAAGAAGUCUUCAUUGUUUGUGGUCUUAAGACCACCGACGUCUUUGUUGGGGAAUGGGCAACCUUCUCCUGCCAGCUGUCUGCUAGGGCACCUGGCCAGGUGCAGUGGUGGCUGGAUGGCACCUUGUUGGAAAACAGCCCUUUUAGUGAGAUAGGGCUGAGCCAGGGCCACAUCUACACACUGACCUUAAAGAGCCUGGCCACAGACGACUCUGGCACUGUCACGUUCAAAGCUGGCAGUUUAACAUCAAGCUCCAAGCUCUUAGUCAAAGAUCCCACGGUUGAAGUGGUGAGCGAGAUGGAGGACCUUUGUGUGGUCGAAAACCAACCGGCUGAGUUCAUCUGCCAGUAUUCACGGCCGGUCAAGGCUCAGUGGAAGAAAGACGGGCAGCCAUUGCAGCCUGAUGGCCGAAGGGUGUUGGUGGAGCAGGACUGGAAUGUGGCUCGCUUGUACAUUAGCAGCGUGUCCACUGGGGACAAGGGCACAUACUCCUGUGAGGCAGAGGGGACCAGUGUGGUAGCUUCACUUCAUGUGGAAGGGAAACCUAUAACUAUUGUUCAGGGCCUGGAGAAUGCAGAAACCUUCGAUGGAGGUGAAACACUAUUCGAGUGUGCCCUGUCUCGUCCCGAGAGCAAAGACUGCCACUGGUUUCUCGACGGCAAACCAGUGAAGGAAUCUCGUAAUGUUGAGAUUGUGUCAUUUGAGAGUGGCCGUCGUCACCUGCUCCUGCUGAAGGAGUUGCACGUUAAAGACAGUUGCACAGUGACGUUCAAAGCUGGGACAUCAUCCACAUCUGCACAACUCUCUGUCAAGGGAUGGCAGCUGGAUGUUGUGAAGGGUCUGGAAGACAAAGUCGCUGCCGUGGGAGAGAAGGUUGAAUUUUGUGUCGAGCUGACUGAGCCCAUCCCAGUGGCAGAAGUAGCCUGGUAUGCUAACGGGGUUGAGCUCAAGCCCAGCGAUCUCUGGGCCAUGAGGGCUGACGGCUGCUCCUAUCGCCUUGUCCUGAGACAUGCACCACUUCUGCCCCAGCAGGAAAUUACAUUUGCUGCUAGAGAUGCUCUCUCUUUGGCCAAGCUCACUAUCAUCACUGUACCCGAUCCCCCAGAGGACCCAGAAGUCCUCAGUAAGACCAAGCAGUCUAUAACCCUCUCUUGGUUCACUCCACUACAUGAUGGAGGGAGUCCUAUCCUUGGCUACAGAGUGGAGUUGCGGCUGGUAGACAGCGCCCUCUGGCUUCCGUGUCAGCCCGAACCCGUGUGUAACACAGAGUUUUUGGUUGAAAAUCUUAUCCCCGGGAGUGGCUACAGGUUAAGAGUGGCAGCCAUCAGCAUAGCUGGGACUGGAGAGCCUGUCGAGCUGCCUCAGACUGUGCAGCUUGAGGCACCUACACCACCACCAACUACUCCAGGUACAGAGGUAAAACCGGAGGGGCCAGAGGCCCUGGGACAGCCCAAUCUGCCUCCAGAGGCUGCUGAGGAAGGUGAUGUCCAUGAGCUGUGGGAGGCUUCAGCUAAGAAACGUCGCAUGAGUCGAGAGCCCACUUUGGACUCCAUCACUGAACAACCUGAAGAGGAUGGUAAAAAGAAAUCUGACCAGAAGGAUCCAAAGUCCUCAGAGACAGUGGAAACAAAAUCUGAAGAGAAGGAGCAGGCCAUUGUGUCUAAGAAGGAGACAGAGUCCAACUUGUGCACCAGCUCUGAGGAUCAAUCUCUUUCAGGGGGUGCAACACUUGUGUCCUACCUCAAGACGAGCAGCACAUCUUCUGUCACAGCCGUCAAUGAAGGACACACAAUGACCACUGAGAGGUUCUUUGCACAUUUCCAGAUGGCUGAUCAGAAAACAGUGCAGCAAACUGAAGUGAAAACAACUACAGUUCAUCAGACAGAUACUAAACAGGUGACUACAGAGGAGACAGACAUCAUGGAGAUCAGUAAAGAGGAUGAGCCUGAGCUCAGAGAAGCUGCCAUCAAAAUUCAAGCUGCCUUCAAGGGGUACAAGGCCCGUAAGGACAUGCGUCCUGUCUUCAAAGAUGUCUUCAAAGAUCAGACCAAAGAACCGAAUGGCACCAUCCAUCUGGAAUGUGUGGCGGAAGGUAAACCUGAAAAGGUGCGCUGGCUGAAGGACGGUGAACCACUAACGGAUGGCAAGCACCACCAUAUUGAUAUCUAUAACGACGGCACUUGCUCACUGGUCAUCACUGCCAUCACCACAAAGGAUACGGGAGUUUACACUUGUGAAGUCACCAACAAGUAUGGAGUCAACUCUCAUAGCGGUAAGGUCACAGUAGGGACAGUGAGAGAAUCCUCUGGGCGACGCCCACUGACGGUGGGCUACAGUGCGGACAGUGAGCCUGAGAGCUCCUCAGGCAGUGAGAUGGACGAGUCACUGAGGAAGGCGAGCAGACGUCUCCGCCGCCUGUUGCGUACAUGUCUCCCACCAGAUGUUGAGGAAGAACCAUUUGUCAGUGCGGAUGAAGGAGACCUGCGAGCCCCAGAUCCUCAGUCUUACCGUGAGGAUGACAAUUACAUCUACAUUCGCUUUGAUUCACGGACAGAGGCUGAAGUCGCCUCUAAGAGAUUCCAGGAGAUGUUUACAAUCCACGGGGUUCCUGUAGAGACAACCAUCCAGCAGGCGGGGCCUCUUAGAGUGGAGUUGAGAAUUAAAAAGGUGGGCUACAUCCAAGAUGGCACACAGACCCCCACACAAGACAGACAACCUCCUGCAUUCAUGGCUGGAGCCCAGGCUGCCCCAGUUUUUCUGACAGAGCUACAAAGCCAGGACGUUCCAGAUGGUUAUCCAGUCAGCUUUGACUGUGUUGUGAUUGGCAAGCCUCCUCCAACUGUUCGCUGGUUCAAAGAUGGCAAAGUGCUGGAGGAAAAUGACCAUUAUAUGAUAAAUGAAGAUCUGGAGGGCUGCCACCAACUCAUCAUCACCACUGUGCUGCCCACUGACAUGGGUGUCUAUCGCUGCACAGCUGAAAACAGCAGCGGCCUUGCAGCCACUAAGGCUGAACUCAGGGUUGACAUGUCUUGCAGCUCAGAUUAUGACACUGCUGCUGAUGCCACUGAGACAUCCUCAUAUAUGAGUGCCAAAGGCUACAUCUCCAGGGAAACUGACACUUUUGAGUCUGUGGCUGAGGAUGAUCAGUUACCACAAGUUGUGGAGGAGCUUCAUGAUGUUCGUGUUUGUCCAGGUUCACCUAUUGCUAAAAUGCAACUUAAAGUAAAAGGCUUCCCAAAACCCAGAUUGUACUGGUUCAAAGAUGGCCACCCUCUGCGGCCCUCAAAUAGGAUCCUGUUACUAACAGUCGGAGAUAUUCACGGCCUGCAGAUUCUGGAGGUGAAGAAAGACGAUAUGGGGGAGUACUCUGCUUACAUCACUAAUUCAGCAGGUUCUGCUUACUCCUCUGCCAGACUGAUGGUUCUGGGUCCAGGGGAGAUGAUGCCACUAGAUAAGAAAGACUCCAAAGAACCUCUGGUGCCACCACGCUUCCUCGAAAGGUUCAGCAACAGGAAGGUGAAACAAGGAGCGAGCAUUACGUUGUCUGUCAGAGUAGAAGGGUCUCCAACGCCCAUGGUCUCCUGGCUAAAGGAGGAGUCAUUGGAGGAUGUCCUGUGGAUUAAGCCUGAUACCAAGGGGUAUAAAAUAGCAAGCUCUGGACGCCAGCACAGCCUCAUCCUGAUGGAUGUGGGCACAGAGUACACUGGCGCCUACACCUGUAUCGCUACAAACAGAGCAGGACAGUCCAUCUGCACGGCCCACCUCGAGGUGGAUGAGACAUUACAACAAAAGACAGAGACUAAAGCUUCAGAGGUUCUUGGGAUUACAAUCAGUCCCCCAGAGGGAGAGGCUAGCAGUGGAAAAGAGGUAAAAGUCCCGUACCUAGGUGAAGUAGGAACAGAGGAAUUCCUUAUGAAACUCACCACCCAGAUCACUGAAAUGGUAUCAGCCAAGAUAACUCAAGACAGCUUACAGAAUCACGAAGUGCUCCAGUGGAUGAAAUCUUGGCCCAAAAAUACCACUUCGUUACGAGUACCUGGCGGUGACAGUGACGAUGAGACCAAGACUCCAUCUCCUUCACCUCAUCACGGUCGCUCUCGUCCUCCCUCCCUCAUCGCUGACUCGUCCUCGGAGUCUGAUGAGGGCGACGCCAGGGGGGAGAUGUUUGAUAUCUACGUGGCAACAGCGGACUAUAACCCCACCAUAGCAAGCAAAGAAUCGAUCUCUCUGAAGGAGGGACAGUACGUUGAGGUUCUGGACUCAGCUCAUCCACUCAAGUGGUUGGUCCGAACCAAACCGACCAAAAUGACACCGUCCCGCCAAGGCUGGGUCUCACCUGCCUACUUGGACAAGAAACUAAAACUCUCAGCUGAUGCGGGUGACCUUCCAGAGACAAGUGCAGAGGAGGUUUCUGAGGGUGAAUACAAGAGGAAAUUAUUCCAACUGAUCCAGGAGAUGAUAAAAGGAGAAUCAGAGUUUGUAAAGGAGGUCGACUUCUUUACCUCCCAUCACAUGAAACACGCAGACAUCCCUGAUGCACCUCCUGACGUCAACAGCCAAAAGGAAACAAUAUUCAGGAACAUUGAUGAUAUCAAGUCCUUCCACGGCAGGGCGUUCCUCCCGACGUUGAACGACUGUGAAACAGAUGAUGAUGUUGCCAUGUGCUUCCUGAGGAGUAAGGCGGGCUUUGAGCAGUACCUCCAGUAUCUUGUUGGUCAGCCUCAGGCAGAAUCUGCAGUCAGUGACAAGGCUGUGCACCGCUUCUUCAAGGAGUACAGUGAGAAAGAGCAGGCUGGUGCAGACCCUGCAGGUCCCCCUGUACGCAGCAUCAACGCCUACCUGCAACAACCACUGGAGAGGAUUCAGAAGUACAAGGCUUUCCUCAAGGAGCUCAUUCGAAACAAGGCGAGAAAUGGUCAGAACUGCUGCCUCCUGGAAGAAGCGUAUGCGAUGGUGUCUGCACUCCCUCAGCGCUCUGAGAACACCCACCAUGUCACCAUGAUCCAGAACUAUCCCGCCACACUGGAAGUACUUGGAGAGCCAAUUAGACAGGGACCCUUUCAAGUGUGGGAGGGAGCUCCUGGAAUUAGGUCGUCCUCUAGAGGUCACCACCGGCACGUCUUCCUCUUUAAGAACUACUGUAUCAUCUGCAAACCCAAGAGAGAUAGCAACGCUGAUACACAAUCAUAUGUCUUUAAGAACAUGAUGAAGCUGAACAACAUUGAUGUGAAUGAGACGGUGGAGGGAGAUGACCGAGCCUUUGAGAUCUGGCAUGAACGGGAGGACUCAGUGAGGAAAUACACUUUGCAGGCCCGAACUAUCACCAUCAAGAACUCCUGGCUGAGAGACCUCAGGGAACUGCAGCAGCGAUACAGCAUGCCUGCAUGGAGUCCCCCUGACUUUGAUGAAAUUCUGGGAAACUGCACAGCAGAGCUGGGACAGACGGUGAAACUGGCCUGCAAAGUCACUGGAGUGCCCAAACCCACAGUCACCUGGUACAAGGAUGGACGUGCAGUGGAGGCAGAUCCUCAUCACAUCAUCAUCGAGGACCUUGAUGGUUCCUGCACACUGAUCCUGGACAACAUGACAGCUGAUGAUUCUGGCCAGUACAUGUGCUUUGCCACAAGCUCAGCUGGCAAUGCCAGCACUCUUGGAAAGAUCACGGUUCAGGUACCUCCUCGUUUUGUGAAUAAAAUGAGGAACGCUGUCUUUGUCGCUGGUGAGGACGCACAAUUCUCCUGUGUCAUACAGAGCGCCCCCAACCCCAAGAUCAGGUGGUUCAAAGACAGCCGGCUGCUGACUGACCAGGAAAAGUACCAGACGUACAGUGAGCUCCGUAGUGGAGUGCUGGUCCUGAUAAUAAAGAACCUGACAGAGAGAGACUUGGGACACUACGAUUGUGAGCUGUCCAAUCGGCUGGGCAGUGCCAAGUGUGCAGCAGAUUUAGUUCUUCCCUCUGCUCUGGUCCGGACUGGUGAACAGGCCAUCACUAUUGAAGUCACUGAGCAGGAAACCAAAAUACCAAAGAAAACCAUCAUCAUCGAGGAGACUAUAACCACUGUUGUGAAGAACCCUCGUAUGAGGAGGCACAGAUCCCCCGGCUUGUCUCUCACUGCAGCCCACCGCUCUGAAACUGCCACCCCAGAGCCCCCUGCAGCCAGGCUGAGGAGGGUGCCUACUCCAAGAAAGACCCCCAUCCCUACCCUCUACGUCACUGAACCCGAGGGUGCUGAGGCCAGAGCCAUGGAGAGCAAACCCAGGUGGGUUGAGGUGGAGGAGGUCAUCGAGUACAAGGUCAAUAAAUCUCCCAGAAUGCCCAGGAGGAGAGGCAUCUCACCUGCAGUCUCUGAUCGAGCAGCCGCUUCCUCCAGACCCAGAAGGUCUCAACUGGAAAACCCAAACACCAACAACUCCAACAACAAGCUGGUGGAGCAGGUGCAGGCCGAGCUGCACGGAGACGUCAGCAGCCAGCCGCUCUCCUGGGAGGAGGUGCAGGGCAGCGCUCCCUCUGAGGAGCCACAUGAGCUCUCAUCCGUCCUCAGUCCAGCUGAAGACGACAGCGACGACCUGUCCGAUCAGCAAACUGUCAUCUUUGAGCCUGAAGAUGACGAUGACGACCCCAUUCUGUCCAGAGAGCAGGAGCCGCACAUCCUGAAACAAGGAGAUCGUGUUUUGACCCUAGAGGACUUGGAGGACUACGUUCCGGAGGAAGGAGAGUCCUACGGCUCCUCCAACGCUCCUGAAGAAAAGCCUUGUGAGAUCUCCGUGCUGCAGAGGGAGAUCGGCGGCUCGGCAGUGGGGCAGCCGGUGCUCCUCAACGUGGGCCGGCCCGUUGUGCCGAGGCAGAGGAGCAGCUUCUUCAGUCGCUUCAAGGAGCAUCUCCCCAGCAGCAUUUUCUCCUCCUCCUCCGUCUCUCAAGCCAGCGGAACGAGGUGCGUCCCCAUCCAAGUGAGCCACGCAAAGCUGGAGGUGCAGCCUUCAUACUGCUCGGAGGUGCAGAGGGUCGAGGGCGGGCAGCAGAGCUUCAAAACCAAAGUGUCAACUCAGACGUACGGAUACACAUCAGUGGGAAACCCAGUCGUUCUUCAAAUUAGAGAUCACCAUUAUCCAAACCAGUAG